UGUGUUGCUGGGUAGCAGUUAUUUGUCAGUGUGAAACUGUCAGCCUUACAGGAUGGAUUCUAUUCUGAACUGCAGCUGCAGCAUGGAGCCAGAUUAUUAUUCCCUGCUCGGCUGUGAUGAGCUCUCCACGGUGGAACAGAUUGUUGCAGAGUAUAAAGUGAAAGCACUUGAAUGCCACCCAGAUAAACACCCUGGAGAUAAAAAAGCAGUGGAAGAUUUCCAGAGACUUCAGCAGGCCAAAGAGACUCUAACAAAUGAGGAAAGUCGCGCUCAGUAUGAUCACUGGCGAAGGAGCAAAAUUCUGAUUCCUUUCGCACAGUGGGAAGCGCUGCAAGAUUCUGUUAAAACUUCAAUGCACUGGGCAGUGCAGAGUAAAAAAGAGCCAAUGCUGGAGGCUCCCACUUCCGAUCCUUCCAAGAUGCCAGAUAAGGUUUCUUCCUUGUGUGAUGCCAAGAAAAAUGAAAGUGAUUUGCUGGAAAAAACUCAAGAGGAUAAUGAAGUGUUGUCACCUAAGAGUCCGGAAGGAAGUUCGGACACAUCCUCCAACCUUCUUCGCUUCAGGUGGUCAGCAGAAGCCCCUUCCGACCUUCUUCGAAAAUUCAGGAAUUAUGAGCUCUAAAUAUCUGUCUCCAAAGAUAGAUAAUACUAUCUGUUUUUCCUACUGGCCUCUCCAUAUUAUUGUGAAUAAUAUUCAUCUUUUAUUAUCUGAAUUAUAUGUUAUGAUAAACGUUGCUAGCAGAGUGUGUGAACCACUGAUUAAAACAGGAUGAUGUUGGGAAAUUGGUACCUUUUAUUGGCUAAAUUAGUAGACGCUUUCUCUUGUCCCAGAGAAGUAGUCCCAGAACCUUCACUACAUUAUCCUGUUAUAAUAAACUGUGGUGGCUGGAAUUGCUUUUGAGGAAACUAACUAAGAAAAGGAGUUUCAGAAGGCUGUAGGGCACAGGUACAUCCCCAAGUGCAGUGAAUUUUUGAGAGCAAUUGCCAUGUUUUAUUCCCACAAUGCAGCACUUUCCCCCAGAAUUCUUGAUGCAAAUGUGCUGGGCCAAUCACAAUUGCGUAAGAUUCGCCAAAACGUACGCCAAGUAUUUUCUAGGUUUCCCUGUGUUCACUGGCACCGAUUCCAGUGUGCUCCCUAUUCUUAUGGUGCGACUGAACUGCAACGAUUGACGCAGGGCUAUGAGGGAUAGCACCUGUUCCGGAGCUGGAGGCAGCUCUAGGGUUCCCCGUUAUCAAUAGGCACGGCUAGGCUCUUUUAGGAACCAAAGGCAGGAAGGACUGAACGGUGCCAAGCACAAUAAUACACAAGUGCAAGUAGUGCAUUUUGAUGCAAGAACCUUUAAAGGAGAAGUAAACCCCUUAUUUAAAAAAAAACCUACCCUCUACCAUACAU